GCAGAGUUCGUAGCCGCACUAUCAUUGUACUCAACGACAUGGCAACGCGUGCUUGCGUGCUCCUCGCAAUAUGCGCAGGCGCAUUCGCGCGUGACUGCAUAGAACUUACACUUUCCGAUCGCCAACAAAACAUCCUCACAGAUUCGCUUUUCAACGGGACGAUCGUUUUAACUGCUAAUAAUGAAACGUAUAUUGAAAGUGCGAAAUACGAUUUUCUCGAAUUGUGGGAUGCGUUCCCGAAAAUUGUUGUUCCCGUCAAUGGAACUAGUGAACAGUGUCGCCGGGACAGUCAGAUGUUUCUGGACAGCUUGGAUCGAUUGGAGCUAUGGGCCCUCAAAAUGUUCGAUGCAACCGCUAAGCCACCUUCAGGCAUCCUCAGCGGCAACGGUAAUCAGUACGGAGACUUUGACGAAUGCCUCAGCAUUGAUAGCGCCGUCCGUGGGAAGUACUGCCUGGCUUCGCUCCAGGUCGACCUGGCACAUAUGGGAUUCACACACUUGGACUAUCUCGUACACAGCGGACAUUACAUACGCAGCAAUAUUACAGAUAUGGGCCACAGAGUUCCCCGUUACUCCAGCCUGUUGUGGGGAGUGUGUAUCCCCAGUUCCUGCAGCAGCUACGACUUGGAGCAGGAGCUUUCUAACAAGCUGUCACACCUCAGGAUAUCAGUCAGGGUACAGAAUACCAUGUGCACUGUAAGGGAUGUGAAGCGCCCGUAUUCCUUUGGGAAGUCUUUGGCGAUAGCCUUCUUCCUGGGUCUACUUCUUCUGCUGGGCCUCGGAACAAUAUUCGAUGAGGGCAAGGAAGGCGCUACAAAUUUCGAAAAGUUGCUAAACGCAUUCUCAUUGAAACGAAACAUAAGGAAAAUUUUCGAUUUAUCUGACUCACCUACGAGGGUGAAAGGAUUGGAUGCUUUCCGAGGAGUAAAUGCCUUUGCUCUCCUCCUCGCCCAUAAGUCGAUGGCAAUGGCGCAUAGUCCUUAUGCUAACAAAACUAGCUUUUCUGAGGUAUUUGGAAUGCCGUGGGCCGUCGUCGGAAGAUCAGCCAUCGUCUACACAGACAGCUUUCUGUAUCUCAGUGGGUUCCUCAACUCACACAAUCUCUUGCAAGACCUGGAGAAGAAAGGAACUAUUGACUUGAAGAGCCGGCUACUUGCUAGAUGGUUCAGAUUGUUCCCCAUGUUUCUCAGCCUAAUGUUGUUCUGCACGUAUAUUCUGCCUGACCUGAACAACGGACCCCAGUGGAACCUAGUAGUCGAAGAGCACAGCAGAGUCUGCGAGAAGAACAUGUGGAAGAGUUUCCUUUUCAUUCACAACUACUUCGGAUUUGAAGAAAUGUGUCUCACACACACACAUCAACUUGGGAUGGAUAUGCAGCUGUACGUAGCGACUCUGCCCCUUAUGCUGUUGGUAUGGAAGUCCAGACGACUUGGUCUGUCUCUCAUAUUUGGCAUCGCAGCAAUCUCAACCGUGCUCCGGUAUCUUGCCACCCACUGGUACGAUAUCAGCAUGUUCGUGUAUUACGGGAUCUCAGUUCAAAAACUACUAGAGGCUGCGAGAUAUUCAUACAUUCUGCCCACACACCGCGCGACAAUCUACCUGAUAGGUGUACUGAUGGCUUAUUUUAUUAGAUCUAAGAGAUCACAUGUAAAACUCAAUGACACUCAAGCAAGAUUAGUGUGGUGUCUAUGCUUCGCCCUGGCAGCGUUCACGAUAGUCAGCCCAUACAGAAUGGGUCUUGAAGGCUACAAGUAUGAACAUUUCACCAAUGCCAUGUUUGCAGCGUUCGCACCAAUACUUUGGGGAUUGUUUAUGUGCAUUGCUCACUGGGCAAUUUGCAAUGACUACGCAGGCAUUGGAACGGCUUUCGUAGAAUCAAGGGUGUUUAAGUUUUUCAAUAAAAUAGCUUACGGUGUUUACCUCACACAGUUCCCGAUAUUCUUCUACAACGUUGGAGUGCAAAGACAUGCAGAGUUUUAUUCGCCUCUACUGCUAAUACAUAUACCGGAGAUGGUGGUCGUUUUGGUAGUGUCUAUAAUUACAACGGUCACUAUCGAGAUGCCCUUCAAUCAAGUCUACAGGAUAUACUUUGGAAAAUCACAAACAAAACUCAAAGAGAAAUGAAGUCUGUCGCUGGACUGUUAUCAAAGUGUAUUUAUAUUUAACUUAAGCCAAAACAUCACGUACUUAAUUGUAUUUUUGAUUAUUUUUGUACUAUAAUAGUUUAUAAGAUGUAUUCUUAAGGAAAAUAAAAUAAGUGAUUUUUA